AAAAAAUCAUUCAUCUGAACGAGAUGGAAUGGAGUAAUUAAAUUACGACUCCAUCACCUGAAAGUCUAACUUAUUUCAUUUCCGCUCCAUUGUUCACGACAUUGCUGUAUACGCGUGCCCUUCAUUUUGGUACAAAUUAAUUACUAAUUAUUAGGUAUUACUGAUCAACAAAGCAGGUAGACGAAGAUGAAGAUCUCAGGGUCAAUUUCGUCAAUGUUCCAUCUCUGCCUCUUCCUUCUCAUCCUCAUCGGAACGUUAUCGCCAUCUCACGCCGUCGACGACAAAUGUGCCGCCUGUAAAGCUGUUGCGGGAGAGCUAGAAAUUGGAUUUUCCAGAGAGAAGCCGCGGAAUCAUUUGGAUAUGCGACAUCGUUUGGACUCUAAAGGCCAACGUCAAGGAAAGUUAAUCGAUUACAGAAUCAGCGAGUUAAGAGUCGUUGACCUUCUUGAUGGCCUCUGUGAUAAGAUGCAAGAUUACACACUCAGGAUAUUUCCAGAUUCACAUGAAUGGUACAAAGUGGGUAACUGGGAUAACCUCAAAACAAAUAAGCAAGAAGCUAAGGCAUAUUCAAAAGAUAUCUCUUCUUAUUGUGGAAGAUUACUUGAAGAAACAGAAGAUGAGCUGACUGAAUUGAUAAAGAAAGGAUCUGUUAAAGUGGGCGGUGUGAGCAAAGUUCUCUGUCAAGAUUUGAGCAAACAUUGCAGUCAGACGAGUGUAUCGCGCGAGGCGGAGGUUGAUGACGAUGAUGAUGAUGAUGACGACGAAGAUGACGGGGAGCUCUAAAACCCUGGAUAAUAUGGUGGCUGAAAAUAUCUGCUUUGGGCAAUUAAAAGUUAACAGACUGCAUCACAAAAUUGAUGGUGCUGUCCUUGUUGUAGAUGGAGUUAGAAUGACUUCCAUUUUUCUUAAUUAUUAAAAGACAUUUUAAUGAUAUGGUUAAUCAGACUCCAAUCAAAUUAUUAUUUAGCUAUGAUUAUGACUUCUUGGUUGUUCA